AUGUUGGAAGCUCGUCUCCGUGAAGCUGUCCUUCUCAAGAAGGUGCUCGACGCCGUGCGCGAGCUCAUCACCGAUGCCAACUUCGAGUGCUCCGAGGACGGAAUCCGUCUGCAAGCGAUGGACAACUCGCACGUGGCCCUCUCCGCCAUCGAGCUGCGCACCGACUGCUUCGAGGAGUUCCGAUGCGACCGACCCAUGUCGAUCGGCGUCUCGCUCUCUUCGCUCGGUAAGAUCCUCAAGGGCGCCAACAACGACGACGUCCUCUCGCUCAAGAAGUCCGACGACGGCGACACGCUGCAGAUGACCUUCGAGUCGCCCAAGUCGGACCGUGUCGGCGAGUUCGAGAUGAAGCUCAUGGACAUCGACAGCGAGCACCUCGGCAUUCCCGACACGCAGUACGACGCUGUAGUCAAGAUGUCCUCGGGUGAAUUCGGGCGCAUUUGCAGGGACCUCACCAACAUCGGUGAGAGCGUCAAGAUCGAAGUCUCCAAAGAAGGUGUCUCUUUCUCAUCCGAAGGUGAAAUUGGUGCUGCACGAAUGACCCUCAAGCAAGGCAGCGGGACUGCUGUCCUCGCCGAUGAGGAUGAGGACGACGACGAGGACGUCAAGCCCGCCAAGAAGAAGCGCAAGGCCGACUCGUCCACCAGCGGCGGCCAGGUUCCCGUCAAGAUCGAAAUGCAACAGGCGGUCAACCUCACCUUCUCGCUCAAGUACCUUAGCAACUUUGCCAAGGCCGCGCCGUUGGCGGACGAGGUGCAGCUGCACAUGUCCAACGAGGUGCCCCUGCUGUGCGAGUUCGGGUUCGAGAAUGGAUACGUGAGGUUCUACCUCGCGCCCAAGCUCAGCGAGGACGAUGACUAG